UAUAAUCAAAUUUCUAAUCUUUUAUAGCAAAAUGUCAAAUUGGGUAAAUUGAGAACUCUGUAAGGUCGUUUUGCAAUUCCAAUUCUGUAAUUACUCGAAAACCCGCGAAGGACAGAGUAUAUUUUUAGUGAUCUACCUGUGCUUUCCGCAAGCUGUUCAUGGAUAUGGAUUUACAAAAUGUCACGACUCGAAAUACAGGAUAUGUUCCUCUUUCAGAACUGGACUACAUUGUAAUAGAUUCAAAGAAAGCAUUGCCUAUACCUUGUCUUAUGUUUGCUCUUGGAGUGUUGGGGAACAUGCUUGGUAUCGUUUCUCUGGUAAGGUAUAAGUACAGAAGAGCUCGUCCUCACAGUCCACUCACUUGCUCCUCAGCUUACACUCCUUCUCCAAAUUUUCGUGAGAAAAAUGGUGAUAGAUCAAGGGAUGUUUCUGAUUUCAAUCAUCAACAAAGAAAAGUUUCUACGGGAAUGCGUAAUAAAAAUGAUAUUUUACCUGGAACGAAACGACGCAGAAAAAAUAAGUUUGGACCGUUUCAUACACUUGUACUUGCUCUUAUAGCGGUUGACUUGGCUGGAAAUUUAGCCACUUCUCCAGUUACACUAUAUUUGUAUGCAACGAACACUACCAUCAAGGCGGCAGGGGGAGACGCUCUUUGCAAUUAUAGUGCAUUCGCAAUGAUGUUUUUUGGUAUCGUGACGAUGGCAUCACUGACAACGAUGGCAAUCGAACGCGUGUUGAGUAUACAAUGUCCGUAUUUUUAUCAUCGACAUGUGACGUCACGUACGGCAAAUAUCGCAAUUUUAAUCAUUCUCGUGUCAUCGACUAUCUUCACGGCAUUACCUUCUAUGGGAUUUGGAACAGUUCGCCCAAUGUUUCCAUAUACUUGGUGUUUUGCAGACUGGCAAGCUAAAGAACCAAAAGCUAUGGCUUUCAACUUUAUAUAUGCAAUAAGCGGAAUAAUCAUGAUAUUCACAACAUUAAUAUGCAAUAUUAUUGUAGUCGUCGGAUUAUUUAAAAUGAAAUCACGAAUGGCAACCGUGCACGGAAGACGAAAAUCCACCGUUCGAAGGGAAACACAAAUGAUAAUCCAGCUUAUCGUUAUGACUUGUAUUUACCUGAUAUGCUGGCUACCAUUAAUGAUUCGAAUUCUUGACAAUCAAAUCACAAGGCAAAGAAACGGAGAACAAGAUAGAAUCGCCAUCUGGCUUGCAGCUGCAAAUCCUAUUUUGGAUCCGUGGGUUACAUAUUACUUCGAAGAUCAGUUGUGAAACGGUUGGUCAAUUUUGCUAAAUCAAAUUGUUUUCCACAAGUAGAAAAUAAUUUGAAAGUAAUCGUAAAUCCGUCUUCUCCACAAAACUGCAAUUCUUCACCAAUAGAUAGACGAAAAGAAUACGAACGCUGUUUGUCUUGAAUCAAUUCAUGUAUUCCUGCAACGGUAACGCUAUUACGUCACAAGUGAAUAUCUAUCAGAAUGGAGUGAAUUCUUUGCAAAAUUUAACAAAAUCUCCUUCUUAUGAGAGUUUAUAUGAUAAUGCUCAACUAACGGAAGAUUUAUAGAACCGUUUUUUCGAAAACUGUGAGGAAGUUUGCACAUGGGAAAUAUUUGUCAUAUUACUGCCGAUUAACAACUGUGUAAGUGUAGUACCCUUUUUUUAAUUAAAAAAUUUCCAAUUAGGGAAAAUAAUAUUAUAGUCAAACCGCUUGUACCUAAAUAAUACCCGUGAAACUAAUUUGCAACGCCAUUGUUUUGUUUGUUAAAACACUCUUUACGCGUGUUAUUUCAAUGUGUAUCGAUGUGGGACGGAUAAUCACCUGAGAAUAAAAGAAGUGAAUAAACGGUGCAUUAUACACUGUCGAAAUGAAAAAAAAUUGAUAAUAGUCAUCAUAUCGUUUAAUAUUAAUCAAACACAAAAAAUUGUUUUGAUUCUGGUAUAAUACGGGAUCCUGACAUUUUAAAAUUUAAUAUUUUGGUUAAAUAAACAGGGUAUAGUGGUAAUUAUUUGGAAAAUUAUAAUAUAAAACAAAAAAUUCACCAUUCUUCAAUCAUUCUUCACUAUCGGUUAGUGUGACAUAAAAUGCCAUUUUUCUUAUAUUCAUUAUUUCCUAUAUCGUUGUCAUUUCUUUUCACUGUGUUUACAAUUCUUCAACUUUCAAACUACUUUCCGAAUGAUAAAAAUUGAAUUAUAUUUUGAAAGAUUAUAAAUUUAUUGAAUAUUGAA